AUGCACGCCGUCGGGGUGCUCGCCUUGAAUGAUUCAGAGUCCUCCGACGACGCUCGUCCAUGCAGGGACCGGCCUACUCCCAAAAGUGCUCACAAUGAUUUCGCAGACUCUGUCAGGGAGGUAGCGGCACGUAUCCACUGGUUCGAAGCCGCGCUUAAGGCUAUUGACAUCCAUUUGGGCGAUAGAAUCAUCCUUGCGCUUCCUAGCAAUUUUAGGGCUAUGACUUGGAUUGAAGCAGCUAAACGAUCUGGGGUGGUUUACGCUUGCAUGCCAGCAGGGCUUCCCUGUCAAUCGCUGGCAGAUCGUCUUCACGACACUGGAGCAAAAUCCCUGUUUGUCCGUGGUUCGGAGGGACUCGCGAUUGCUCGUCAGGCCAUCUCACGAUUCUUCGAUGCGGAAACGAUGAAUUAUGAUUUACAAUCGCUGACGCCGCUAGAAGGAAAUUUUCCUUUGUUUAUUAUCUAUACGAGUGGUAGCACGGGGAAGCCGAAAGGUGCUCUCACAAGCCAGAUCACCAGCGUCGUCACAUGCGCAAACCCUGUUUCACCGUACGUUGCUCGAUUCGCGGUCAUCCUUGAGCGGUACAGCGUCACGAUACUGAAAGCUGGAGUCGCGUUCCUUAAAUAUCUCAUGUCGCAAAAGCUCGGCCCUUCAGAAUUGACCAAAUUUGAUAUGUCCAUGCUGAAGAUACCACAAUGUGCAAGUUUCCUUGGAUUUCAUUUGAAGUCUGGAAGUCAGCCGAUCUUGAAUGAAAGAGUUCGCACUGACCUCGCAGCAACUACGGAGAGACGGGGGAAGCUGUCAUCACUUCGCCAUGGCCCUACAUGGCUAGGACAAUGUGGGGAGAGUCUUGAGCUAUAG